AGAUGGAUGUCUCUCUUUGCCCAGCCAAGUGUAGUUUCUGGCGGAUUUUCUUGCUGGGAAGCGUCUGGCUGGACUAUGUGGGCUCCGUGCUGGCCUGCCCUGCAAAUUGUGUCUGCAGCAAGACUGAGAUCAAUUGCCGGCGGCCGGACGAUGGGAACCUCUUCCCCCUUCUGGAAGGACAGGAUUCAGGCAACAGCAAUGGGAACGCCAGCAUCAACAUCACGGACAUCUCAAGGAAUAUCACUUCCAUACACAUAGAGAACUGGCGCAGUCUGCACACGCUCAAUGCCGUGGACAUGGAGCUCUACACUGGACUCCAAAAGCUGACCAUCAAGAACUCAGGACUUCGGAACAUCCAGCCCAGAGCCUUUGCCAAGAACCCCCACUUGCGUUACAUAAACCUGUCGAGUAACCGGCUCACCACACUCUCCUGGCAGCUGUUCCAGACGCUGAGUCUUCGGGAAUUGAGAUUGGAGCAGAACUUCUUCAACUGCAGCUGUGACAUCCGCUGGAUGCAGCUGUGGCAGGAGCAGGGGGAGGCCAGGCUGAACAGCCAGAACCUCUACUGCAUCAACGCCGACGGCUCCCAGCUCCCCCUCUUCCGCAUGAACAUCAGUCAGUGUGACCUUCCAGAGAUCAGUGUGAGCCAUGUCAACCUGACUGUACGAGAGGGUGACAAUGCUGUCAUCACUUGCAAUGGCUCUGGGUCACCCCUGCCUGAUGUGGACUGGAUUGUUACUGGGCUGCAGUCCAUCAACACCCACCAGACAAAUCUGAACUGGACAAACGUACAUGCCAUCAACUUGACGCUGGUGAAUGUGACGAGUGAGGACAAUGGCUUCACCCUGACAUGCAUUGCAGAGAACGUGGUGGGCAUGAGCAACGCCAGUGUCGCCCUCACCGUCUACUACCCCCCACGCGUGGUGAGCCUGGAGGAGCCAGAGCUGCGCCUGGAGCAUUGCAUUGAGUUCGUGGUACGUGGCAACCCGCCGCCAACGCUGCACUGGCUGCACAACGGGCAGCCACUGCGGGAGUCCAAGAUCAUCCACGUGGAAUACUACCAGGAGGGCGAGAUCUCCGAGGGCUGCCUGCUCUUCAACAAGCCCACCCACUACAACAACGGCAACUACACCCUCAUUGCCAAAAACCCAUUGGGUACUGCCAAUCAGACCAUCAAUGGCCACUUCCUCAAGGAGCCCUUUCCAGAGAGCACGGAUAACUUUGAUUCAGUUGAUGAAGUGAGCCCCACACCUCCUAUCACUGUGACCCACAAACCUGAGGAAGACACUUUUGGGGUGUCCAUCGCAGUUGGACUUGCUGCUUUCGCCUGUGUCCUGUUGGUGGUUCUCUUUAUCAUGAUCAACAAGUAUGGUCGACGGUCCAAAUUUGGGAUGAAGGGUCCUGUGGCUGUCAUCAGUGGUGAGGAGGACUCAGCCAGCCCCCUGCACCACAUCAACCAUGGCAUCACUACGCCCUCGUCGCUGGAUGCCGGGCCCGACACAGUGGUCAUCGGCAUGACCCGCAUCCCAGUCAUUGAGAACCCGCAGUACUUCCGUCAGGGACACAACUGCCACAAGCCAGACACGUGGGUCUUUUCAAACCUAGACAAUCAUGGGAUAUUAAACUUGAAGGACAAUAGAGAUCAUCUAGUCCCAUCAACUCACUAUAUAUAUGAGGAGCCUGAGGUCCAGAGUGGGGAUGUGUCUUAUCCAAGGUCACAUGGUUUCAGAGAAAUUAUGUUGAAUCCAAUAAGCCUUCCCGGACAUUCCAAGCCUCUUAACCAUGGCAUCUAUGUUGAGGAUGUCAAUGUUUAUUUCAGCAAAGGACGUCAUGGCUUUUAAAAACUCCUUUUAAGCCUCCUUGUUUUGAUGUCACCUUGGUAGGCUGGGCCCUCUGAGAGGUUGGAAGCUCUAGGCCUCGUUCUUUUCGGAUCCAGGGAUGCUAAGUAGAAAGUGCAUGAGCCACCGGUGCCCCUGCACCCUUUAACAAGACCAAGACGGGUGUUGCUCCCCAUCCACCACUGGCAGGGCUGCCCCUUCCCUCCAAUCAUCACUGUGCUCCUUUUUUUAACCCCGGCCUACGAGGCAGCUCCUGCCACCAUCUUUAGAGCCAAUAAAGAGAAUUGGAAACCUGUGCACCAGGAGCCAUCUUUUAAACACACUAGUCAUUCUCUUGCUUUACAAAAACAACCCAGCUACCACGAGAAAGCCUGAUGAAGUCCAGCCACGCUCCAGCCUCACUUUCUCUGCUUGGAAGUGUGGGGUCACCCUGGCUCUCCCUAGGAUACCGUGCUGUCCUCUUAGUGACCUCAUCGCCCUGCAGCCUCCAGUGGGAAAGAGUCACAGAGAGCACCUAAGCAGAGGUGGAGACGGCGUACUAAGAGGAAGGGAUCCCAGGCCCAUGUAUUGGCACCCGAUUAGGUCUCAGAGGGAAGAAUGGAAACCAAUCACUUUCCUUUUUUUUUUUUUUUUUUUUUUUGGUGGAGAAAAUUUUACUUUUUUGGACACACUUGCCCCCCUACAUCUGCUUCUCUCUGGAACAGCUCACAGUGAGUGCGAUAUUAGAAAACUCCUUGGCCCCUAGAUCUGAAGUUCCAACAAGCUUUGGCUGCAGGAGCUCUUGCCUGUGAAUUGGCCAUCCUACUAGGACCACAAGGGACCAAGGGAAUCAGGGAACAAGGCUCUUUCUGCUGGUCCAUGAUCCCGGGAUUGGCUCUCUUCCCCUACUUCCACUUACUCUUGACUCUGAGAACUUUUGGAACCCAAUGGAAUCACCAUUUCAAGGUCAAGAUGAACCGAAGGGGAAGAGAAGUAAAAAUUGGCCGCCUCCAGCCCCUGUCAUGGCACCAGUGGAAGUGUCCUCCUGUUCUCUGGUCCACACAUUUGUUUACUUCGUUUGCUUUGACUCAUGCCUUACUCCAUAGCCACCCUCCCCAAAGAGGGGGUUUGUUUCCCCCAUUUUCAACUUGACCUACUGGGGAGAGGGAAGGGGAUGACUUUCACUUGCUUCUAUAGGAAAGGCACAGUUGUAGGGUUUAAAGCUCUCCCAGAUUUGCUGACACGUUGGCUGAGUGGACCUCUGGCUCGGUCUAGCUCCCCCACCCAUGGGUCUUCUGCAUGUGAAGCUGGCAUAGGCUGCCCACUUGAUGGCAGAGAGUGUGGAACAGGGAGCUUCCCAGGGAGCCCUUGGGAUAGAGUGGCUGCUGUUUGACCCAGUCCAUUUUGGUGUGGUGUUGUGCAGCAAUAGAGACUAGAGUCCAUGCUUUUGGUGAAAUUACCUGGGAAUUAAGAUUCCCAUGUAAGGGUUUUACUUCCUGGGUUGUUCGGAUGGUGGUUCUUCAUGUCAGGUUCCCAGCCUGAUUCUGCAGAUGCCUCCAUGGGGUUUAAAAACACUGAGCUUUCCAAGUUCUUGCCCAGUAUCUGGGGUGGCAUCCCAGUCGCCUGAGUUUCCAGAGUAACACCUGGGGAUUCAGGGUCUCUCCAGGGCCUCAAGGUGUGUGUUUGUCUCACCCCUUCCAGCUUCCCUCCUCCGGCUCCCCAUUGCUCCACGUCAGGCUGUUCCGCAUUGUGUCCUGCUGACCUUUCAGUCCAGGGCCUCCUCCCAAGUGUGGCUUUAAGGAGUAAGCUUGAGGAUGAUGUUUUUAUUAUUGUAAAUCAUUACCUCAUUUCCAGCCUCCCAGGUUCCAUCCAUCCCAGCAUCUUUUAUUCUGCCAUUUUCCUCACCUUGUACUAUGACAAUGGGGCGUUGUGUUUCCACAGAGACUUAUAGGAGUGUUCAGUGUAUAGUUUCUUAAUAAACACUUUAUUUUCUAAUGAAA